AGGAUGGGAAACAAGCAGACAACCUUCACCGAGGAGCAGCUGGAGGCGUUUCAGGAUUGUACCUUCUUCACCCGCAAGGAGAUCCUGAGGUUACACAGCAGGUAUCGUGAGCUGGCUCCACAUCUGGUUCCUCUGGAUUACACCAACAGCCCCGAAAUCAGGGUUCCUCUGACGCUCAUCAACACCAUGCCGGAGCUCAAGGAGAACCCGUUCCGGGACCGGAUCGUGGAGACGUUCUCCGAGGACGGACAGGGGAACCAGACCUUCAACGACUUUGUGGACAUGUUCUCUGCUCUGUGUGAAACUUCACCGAGAGAACUGAAGACCAUCCACGCCUUCAAGAUCUACGACUUUAACAGGGACAGCUUCAUCUGUAAGGAGGAUCUGAGGAAGACUCUGAACAAGCUGACGAAGGGCGAGCUGACGGCGGAGGAAGUGACGCUGGUUUGUGAUAAAGCCGUCGAGGAAGCCGACCUGGACGGAGACAGCAAGCUCUCCUUCUCCGACUUCGAGAACAUGAUCUCCAAAGCUCCAGACUUCCUCAGUAACUUCCACGUUCGAAUAUGA